AACAUCCCAUUGACAAAUCCAAGAUUCCCUUUGCGUCAAUGCGUGGGACAAGUCUCUCGGCGUCAGCAUUCACUCAGUUUUUCUAAAGACUUAUUCAUCGAUUUAUACUCCGCCAUCACCGAGAAAACUCUGGGAGGGCAGCAACGGCUGACGAAGUAUGACGUCAACCACAUUAACAUAACCUAACUCGGAGAUAAUGCCCUAUCCAGCUCAUGAAUAUUGAAUUGCCUGAAUCCCCGCCAUAUUGAAAUCAACAUUGUCAAGACACAAGCGAUUCUCUCCGUAAUAAUUUCUGGUUGUAGCCGUUAGAGGACAAAUUCGAAGACAUGGCUUAGUGAUAAACAAAAUGGUAACUAGUCGCGGUUUGAGUGUGGUGGUGGUGGCAGUGGCGACGCUGUGCUGGUUAACUGCAGGCGCGAGCGUUCGUGGAGUUGCCGGUCUUGUGUACGGCUGUCGCUUUGAAAUCUCAUUGUGUGAUUUUGACGAAAAAUGCACCGAUGAUUUGGUAUUUGGAUACUGUGUAAAGAGAAAUGAGGGUCCCAACUGGAGACUGGCCAACAGCAAGCUGGAACUAGAUCCCAUUACAACGAAGCUCUUAGAACAAGAAAUUCGCCACCUUAUACGUUACGGAUAUACCUGGGAUGAUCCGUACACCCAGUGCAUUCUGGGCAAUUUCAUCAGUUCGUAUAAAAAUGCUGAGAGGUAUGAACGAACGUUGUGUUAUAUUUAUGCUAAGCAGGCACGGGACAUUGAUGAUAUUAGCGCAACCCUGAAGAACGAUUACUCAGAAAAUCUUGGUUCAUUUUUUAACAACUACUUAGUCAAUACAGAGAAAAGAGUACAGGAUGAACAACCAUAUGACCCCAGUACCAGUCGCCAUCGAGUGCAUAAAUAUUACCAGGCAUACCCAGCUGGGUAUUCAUCCAACGAUUUGGCGGAAUCGUACAAUGUAUCUCCUCGACGCCGUAGAUACAGAAAUUUCAAUCCCAAUAUGUAUGGGGAAAUACAAAAGAAAGAGAAAUCUCCAAUAACAAAUGGUGCUGCUUUGAGUCCAGAAGAUCUUGAAGACCUCAAUAAUUAUCUGACUGCACUGCAAGAUAUUGGUGAUGAGGACCAAUAUGGUGAUCAAUAUGAUCAAUAUGGCGACCUGUAUGAUGCUCACAAAGAAGAUGGGAAGGAAACUGAUCGUAAAUGGUUGGCCGAACCAGAUAACACUGACAGUUUAGAAGAGUUACCAUGGCAGCAAGUUAGAAGUGAAGACAAGUCAGAUGAGUUGCCAUGGGAACCAGACAAAGCCCAAGACAGGCCAGGGGAAUCCCCAUGGGAUUCGGACCAAACCGGAGAAGAUGAAAAUGAUUGGUUUGGUGAGAGUGAAGACAAACUGACCCCACUUGACCAAGCCGUAGACAGUAGUGCCCGCAGUGGUCUUGUAGAUGAUGUUGCACAUCCAAGUGAUAGUAUUCCACCAGAAGAUGCAAAGCUGUUGGAUGAUAUUUUAGAAGAGUUACCAUGGCAGCAAGUUAGAAGUGAAGACAAGUCAGAUGAGUUGCCAUGGGAUCCAGACAAAGCCCAAGACAGGCCAGGGGAAUCCCCAUGGGAGUCGGACCAAACUGGAGAAGAUGAAAAUGAUUGGUUUGUUGCACAUCCAGGCGAUAGUAUUCCACCAGAAGAUGCAAAGCUGUUGGAUGAUAUUUUAGAAGGGAGACGAGAUAUUGCAAGCCUUUCUGAAGCACAAAUCGAUCGUUUGACAAAGUAUGUCACAGCCAUCUUGGCAGCUACUGAAAAGGCAGAGGAUACGAGUGAAAACAGCUAUGACUUGUACAAUAAUGAAGAAGAGACCAAACAAAUUACUUCUGCUCCACCUGGAGUGACGGAUGGACAAGCACCUGCAGCAGUUUUUUCCAAAGAGCAAUUACCAAAACAGGCAAGAACCAACCCAGAAGCCAUCUUCUCGGUCUCCAUAAAGUCAGGAGUGAAGAAGAACUAUCCAGGCUAUGAAGCAAGGGGCGCCAAUGUUGCAGCCAAGACGAUCAACAGUGCCGCCUCCAAUUCUGAGACUGAAUUGGCUGCCUCAAGUCAAGACACUGUCAAGAAGAAUUAUGUGAACAUUACCUUCGAGAAAAGUCUUACCCAAGCCCAGGCACAUGAUCUGCUGAAUGCAGUGGCCGAAGAAGUUGGUGUAAGAAAUACCAGUUUCACCAAUAUCAGGCUUGGAAAGAACUUCAUCACAUUCUAUGUGGACCCAAAGCAAAACAUAUCUGCUUACAAGGUAGCCAGUAAAGUGGCAACUGUGACAGGCAUGAUGAGGCUUGGAAAGAACUUCAUCACAUUCUAUGUGGACCCAAAGCAAAACAUAUCUGCUUACAAGGUAGCCAGUAAAGUGGCUAACACCAGGGACAAACUGGGGGAUGUUGUGCCAGGAGUUCUCAUCACCAAUGCUUUUAUUGGUAAAAAUGAGCAACAAGUGGAGGUUGCCCCUGACACCAGCCACCGUGAUUUUGUUCUGACGUUCGUGCUUUGUGGCUUUAUCGCCAUUGUUCUCAUCACUGUCGUUGUCAUCUAUCUCGUGCAACGGCAUUCUCAUGUGCGCAAGAAGCUGAGGGAGCUUGCAGGAAACCCUGACAAUGCAGAGGCGUCUGCUGAUUAUCAGGACCUCUGUCGUCAGCGCAUGCAGAGCAAGGCGUCAGAGAAGCCAGAGCCAAUUGUGGCUAGAGUGGGCAGUGUGUCUAAUGUGGACCCCAAGGCCGAACCCAGUCCCACCAGCAGAAGCAGCAAGAGCAGCACCUCUUCAUGGAGCGAGGAACCUGUCAGCUCCAAUAUGGAUAUCUCUACAGGACACGUGGUACUGUCCUACAUGGAAGACCACUUAAAGAACAAAGACCGCCUCGACCGUGAGUGGGAGGCCUUGUGCGCUUAUGAGGCAGAACCCAACACUACGGAGGCGGCCAAUCUCCCCAAUAAUACGCGCAAGAACAGAUAUUGUGACAUUCUCCCAUACGAUCAUUCCAGGGUGGUUCUUAACGAUUCCACCAAUGUGUCUGGAGGUGACUAUAUCAAUGCCAGCACUAUUACUGAUCACGACCCCAGGAAUCCUGCUUAUAUUGCAACGCAAGGUCCUCUACCACACACUGUUGCCGACUUCUGGCAGCUGGUGUGGGAGCAAGGCAGUGUGGUCAUAGUGAUGUUGACCAAGCUGACUGAGAAUGGAGUAGCCAUGUGUCAUCGCUACUGGCCAGAGGAGGGAAGUGACCUCUAUCACAUCUAUGAGGUCCAUCUGGUAUCGGAACACAUCUGGUGUGAGGAUUUUCUGGUGCGCAGCUUCUACCUUAAGAAUCUCCAGACGGGCGAGACCAGGACUGUGACCCAGUUUCACUUUCUGUCAUGGCCCGACCUCGAGGUCCCUUCAUCUGUGAAAUCUCUCCUUGACUUUAGACGAAAGGUGAACAAAUCUUAUAGAGGAAGAUCUUGCCCAAUAACUGUUCACUGCAGUGAUGGCUCUGGAAGAACUGGAACCUACUGCUUGGUGGACAUGGUGCUGAACAGAAUGGCAAAAGGAGCUAAAGAAAUUGAUAUUGCUGCCACGUUGGAACACGUGCGUGACCAGAGAAUGGGGACAGUCAAGACCAAGGAGCAGUUUGAGUUUGUUUUGGCAGCUGUCGCAGAGGAAGUGCACGCCAUCUUGAAGGCCCUGCCCCAGUAAUGACAUCCCGCCUUUUCACCUCUGAAUCUACAAACAAGUUUACUCUGCCAGCCGUUAUUAGGAUAGAGUCCGUUUCACUGUUGUCCCACAACUGUCUGGUACUACUCUGCUCACCUCAUAGCAACCAAUACACGACCACUUACAAUGGAUCCUUCCAUGCAGUUGGAGGCAUUGAUUGCAACUGGUCAACAGUUGAUUGCAUGAGUACAUGCUGUGCACCCUGCAUGACGAACUUGCAGAAUAAAUGGUCUAAAGACUCUGGACCAGACCAUUUUGGGAACAAGAGUGAUACCGUGUCUUGCAGACUACAGAUCAGCCCUAGCAGAUCUACCACGUGACCCAAUUUUAGGAGACAUGCUUCAUAUUUAAUAUCAAGGGAACUGUGAAAGAUACCAAGCUGCCUGUUCUUAAUCAUGGUACUUUAUUUUAAGUUUUAGACACGUUGUUGUUGUCUUUUUGUGAUAUGGUCUUCUUAAACUAUUUAGAAUUGUUGUGUUCUAUAUCAGUGGGGGAUUAUGAGCCAGUGGAUUUUAUUUUCUCACUGAAUUUUAUUUAUGUGCAGCAGAACGAGUUAUCUAGUCAGAGAGCAUCAGCCAAUCAUUGCCAUUUUAUUUAUGAACACAAGUGCACUUUUGGUUUUAUUAUUUUAGUGAUGAAAAUCUAUAGCAUGUAUAAGUGGCGAACAAUAUAUGCUUUUUAUGUUUGUUAAGCAUCUCGAGUAAAUCAUGUCUGUGCAACUUUUCAGUUUUUGCUUUUUACUGCAAAUGAUAAAUAUGAAGAUCAAAAUUAUAAUCUAUUGGAAGUACAAUAAUCUAACAUUAUUAUAUCAAAACGAAAGUUUUCAUUUUUCAUCCAGUUGUUUUAACUAUAUCAAAUUAAAGAUGGGAUUAUAAAGCUUUAGUAUAGGACUUAACUGUAAUUUUGCCUUUAUAUUAAUUAGCUACAUAUUAACACUAUGGUAUGGAACUAUAUCAUUCAUAAAUAAGCUGAGGUUAUGAAGAACCAUGCCUACGACAAGACUGGUAUGUAAGUGUAAUAUAUGAUGCCAAACAUUUUGCUCAGGAUAUGGACUAAACUUUACAGUUUAUAGACAGUUUACAGGGAUUAUUGUGCAUCAUAAAACACGUACAAAAUACAUGAUCAAAAGGCUUGUUUGGUUCGCAUCAAGUAUUUUAUUUAUUUCUAUACUUAUCUUUUGUUAUCUCAGAUGUAGAGAGUUUAUUAUUAGUGAUAAAGAGGUCACAAAUUGUUAAUAGUCUAUAUAUGCUGCUAGCUUUAAGUGUCAGUUAUUCUAACAAAUAUCAGAAACAUUGCAACCAGCACACAAUGGGAUCAGGCUUAGUUUAUCUUUAAACCUUCACCGAAGGUUAAAGGCAGGCUAAUUUGCUAGACAAGUGAAAAAAGUUAUAUUUGACAAAUACUUUUCACAAAAAUGUCACACAUUGGAUGCCAGAGUAAAAUUUUGCUUGGAUAUUGGACAUUGGAUAUAUUUUAAAAGAAGGGAAUAGUGGAUGUUUACAAAAUGUUAUGAAUGAGCAAAAGCAAUCUCCCUGACUGUAAUGUUACGUUUGGACUCUUUCUAAUGUGAUUGCAUGUAGCUUUACAAGAAAGCAGUGAUAUAUUUAGUUGUACUUAAGAAUUUCAGUUGAAGUUUUUUUUUUUAGGAAAAAACAUAAGUCAAAAAUAGGGAUUCCUAUCAACAAAAGCAAUGUAUUGUCUACCAUUGACUGACUUUCAGAGUUUGAAAGUUAAGUUUUAUUCUCUUUGCUUUAGGUGACGUAACCCAACAACAAGACACUGAUGUUCAAAUACGGUAAUGGCUCGAUCAUUUCAACUGGAAAAAUUGUGAAUUUUUUUCAGAUACUAUAUUUUUAAGUAAUAAAUUUUUAAAAUUAGAACAUUCCUAGUGAGUGGUAGCAACACAGUUGAAAAGAAGACUACCUAAAUGUUCUCUUCUAUGCAGAAAAAGCACCAAAAUGCUACAUAGAAAUGUAUUUUUACGAAUUCCAAAAUUUUGUACCUGAAAAAUUGAUAAUUUUGCCUGGUUGAAAUGAUCGAGCUAUUACCGUACUAAUGAUUGUCCUUGAGAUUGUUUAAACUUGAAUCCAUUGAUAGAUGUUUAGGUGACUUGACUGCAAGUGAAAGACAGCAUUCCACAUGAACAUAAGUAUAAAUAUUGAUAUAUAUUUUUGUGAUAAUUGUUGUGAAAUUGUUUUGUAAUGUGCAUUUUCUUCUUUAAAAAAGUUUAUUUCUACUCAUCCUCUUAUUAUACAUGCAUGCAGUGGAAUAACAAGCACAGAGAUAUUAUGUGUAACAUGGUUAUAAAAAGAAAAUCAAUAUUCAGUUGAAAAAAAAUUAAUUCAAAUUUUGCUAAGAUUAUAGAUUUCUCUUUCUGAAAGUUGUUCCAUUUUGGAGAUAUCAAAUACCCAACAAACGGGCAGGCCUGUCAAGGGUUAAAAACAAGUGGAGAUUGAGACAGAUAUGUUAAACUUGAUGACAAAAAAUAAUGCUACUAAUUGUGAAGAGAAAAUUUUGACAUACCAGAUGUGACCACAAAGAGAUACCUUCGUCUAUUUACUUGUAGGCUACAUGAACAAGAAAGCUUGAAGUGAUAAGGCAAAUGUAUGCUAUUUUAAUAAAGGUUUAGCCAUGGAAAUGAAGAGUUUAUUGUCAUGGAAACCUCGUCAAAGUGACAUCAAACGAAGGCUAUAAAGGAGACAAAUUUCAUCUUGCUUUUAACUGCAAGCUUUCUUGUAAUGACUUAAUUAUACAGCCUUGUUAAUAGUGGGAUAAGACAUUUUGGGGAAGGGUGACCUCGACUAUACAGAUUUAUUGUUAACAUGACACAAAGAAACUUUAGAAGAUAAAAUGUGUAUUCAGGAAAAUGUUGAACAAAGAUUAUGUUAAACCAGAGCAUCCUGUUGAAGAUCUGGAAUAAUGGCUUAAUGGUAGCAAUUAAUGGCAGUGCGUCUUUUCAAAAUGGCUUUGUCCAAUAUUUUAAGUGACUAAUACGGUGUUCAUCCAAGUUUGCACCCAGGUGGCCUACAAAUACCCAGGAUUAUUCCAGGGAUACUGGGUCUAAGUUGGCACAACCAGAAAACUGGUGGUGGUCUUACUUGGAUGAAUAUGGUACUUUGAAGUAAAGAUGUAUGAUCUUCUUGGGUCAUUUGGACCAAAUGCCCAUUUAGUGUAUCAUGAACAUGUCACGGAAUAAAUCAGCAAGUCC